AUGGACACUUACACCUUCGCAACCUCCGCUCAAGUGGACCUACCAAUCAGUCUGAAGAUGGUCAAACCAGAGCCCGAUAUCCGACCUUUUCAUUACUGUACAACUAUGGGCUAG